CCGGCACACGAUGCCAUGGAGGGCCCGUCCUUCCUUUUCCCCAGCCGCAAGUCCUCGUUUUGCAAAGGAGAAAGGGGCGAGCAGCUCCCGCGCCCGGGCGCUCUACCUGGCCAAAAUGCAAAUAGCCCGAGGAGGCUGGAGAGCCCGGCUGGCGGCUGGCAGCCUGGAAAUCCCCUCCGAGGAGGCGUGGCGGUGACCAGUUGCAAUUGUUUCCCUCUGAGAAACUUUUCUCUGCCUUGUAGAUGUAGCCUUCCCUUUCGGCUGGCUCAGGCGUGGGCAUGUUCAGGAUGGCACCAAAGAGUCUUGGACUUUGGAUGUUGUUUCUUUGGAUUCAAAAAGGUGUCUCUGUAGACUGUGGAAACUACACAGGCAUUCUAGGAGAAGAUACUGACCUAAAAUGCUGUUAUCAUGGAGGCGACUUGAAGUCAGAUCCAUUCCGAGUACAAUGGCAACUCAAAGGCAAUGUUGACUGUGUAGUAGACGCCUAUCUUCCUGAUCAACCUGCACCACCCCAAUGUGAACAUUACAAGAACAGGACUGUGCUUAACAAGGACUGCUUGCAUCUUCAACUGCUAAACCUCAGUUUGGAAGACAGCAAAAUAUAUGAGUGUAUAUUACAGAAGAAAGUACAGAACAAGUAUCAGAAGGUUUUUCAAGGACAGAUAGAACUUAAAGUGGCAGCAAAUAACAGCACAAAUGCUAUAAAAGGUUUGGACUCCACAUCCACAUCCAACCCUGUUAAAAAUGACAACCAACAACAAACACGAGUGGUUGCAAUAAGUUGUGUUAUAGCUGCUGCUGUGUUUAUCACAGUCAUUAUAUUGAUCCUGUAUAAAAGGAAGUAUUCUAUUCACAGAGCAUAUACUGCUCCUGUUGGUGUGGAAAUGACAUAGAAAGCUAUACAGACACUGAGAGACAGUGGCAAGUAGCAGCGAUUGUCUAUUUUUCUGCAGAAGAAAACUGGCUGGAAUGAAAUAUGUCCGCCUGGUCUUGGGCACUAUGAACUGCUAGUAAUAUUUGCCGUCCAGUUGGUGAAAUUCAGUUCUGGCCACUGAAUGACAGAAGAGUAAAGAUGAAACUUGUGUAUUAAACUCGGUGAAAGACAGUGAGGCUACCUUUCCUUGAGCAGAAACAAAGGCUGACACAGAAAAAUGUCCACACACCGGGAGAAGCUGUUGGUAAACAGCUUUGCUUGUUAUAGCAUUUCUAUCUGGAAGGAAUGUGUACUCAGAUGUUGGUGUGGGGCUCCUAUGAUCACGCAUCCUUUAGCAGGCACCUGGUGGCUUUCUCCAUGUCUCUCUCACAGAGCUGGGGGCUGUUUUCUUUAUUCUUGGGGAAUUGUAUGCAACACCUUGCCUUUCUCUGAACCUCUGGAAUGUGGAUGCAACAGGAGUAGAUUGAGGAUCCUCAGAUGGAAGCUUUUCUUGAGCCUAAAAUCUGGGAGUGGAGUAGAGAAGCAGGAUUGUACUGAGUUGGAUUUUGUUAACCAUUAACAAGUGGAUAUUUAAGAUUUGUUUCAAGAGCACAGUUCUAGCCAGAGGAGGUAGAAAACUAGAAAGGGACUGCAGUUACAGAGCAUUUUCCAUUGAUUUGUCACAAACUGUUAAUGACUGGCUCUCUCACUUCAGGGCAACCACGAUGUCUAAACAGGUUGAAAACAUGCUGGAUGACAAAUUUAGAGAGUAAAUUACCUAGGUAAUUCAUGUUUUCAAGUUCGAAUACAUGAAGGAGGCAAAAUGAAAGCCAUGUAAUGUGUGAGACUGUGACUCUGGAUACCACACCUUUAUUAGAUUACCUUGAACAGUCAUGCUUUUAUACCUUAACCAACCUAACCACAUUGCUGUGAAGAUAAAAUAGCGGAGGGACCAAGUACGUUAUCAUGAACUCCUUCACAGAGCAUGCUAAGAAAAAUGUAAUUAAUAAUAAAGAUAACUUCAGUGCAAGGAUCAGCCCGGUGUACACAUCCAUCAUGGAGCUGGUCCCUUGGUUAAAGGAAAGGGGGAAAGUACAAUUUGUAUGUUAGAUUGAAAGGUCCAAACUAGUAAGUAUUAAUAAUUUUGUGCUGCUGAUAUACUGAAAGAUCUGAAAGACGAGUGGCAAAGAUAAGGAGAAGAUAUAGGCUAAUUCCGCAUGGGCCAAAAACAGCAGUGUGAAAAUGGUGUGAAAACAGUAUAAACCCCUUUACACCGUUUUAAACCCUUUUACACCAUUUUUACACUGUUUUCACACUGCUGUUUUUGGCCCAUGCAGAAUCAGCCAUAGAGUGCAGCAAAUCAAUGAGAGCACUUUGGUGAACAAUACAGGCAGUUUGUAAACUGUGUGUUCUUACAUCAUGUGUAUUUACAGCAUUUGCCUGGAUUAUUUUCAUGUACUUGAAAUUGUUAGUUUGUUUUUCAAGUAAAAUAUGAGAUUCUCAAUAUAUCAUUGGGGCAGAAGUUGAUGUUCAUGAACCCAUGCAGUUACAUUUUUGGUAUAUAUACACACACAUUCGGACAUCUAUGAUGAACUGGAUGAACUGGACCUCCUUUUAAGAUGUCUUGCAGACUUCUGCAAUGAUCCAGCUGGAACUUUUGCAUUCCUUCCCUUCAGUUCCCACAACACUCCAUUAAUGUUCUCACUACAAACUAUCAUGCAGCUCAGUCUUCAACAUUUGGAAGUAAUUACAUGCCUGAAAACUCUUCCAAAUGAGUGUUUGAGAAACUCUUUUACAAACUCAGUUACUGUAAACAUGGAGAGGGAAGGCGUAAUGAUAUAGCCUGAUCUCAGAAGCUAAGCAGGGUCAGUAUUUGGAAGGGAGACCACCAAGGAAGACUACAGAGGAAGGCAAUGGCAAACCACUUCCACUUCUCACUUGCCUUGAAAGCCUCUUGCUUGCUGUGGUUGCCAUAACUCAACUAUAACUUGAUGGCAUUUUACAUACCACACUGUACACAUCCAUGUUUUUGAAAUAUGCAAUAAUUAUAUAAAUAUUCUUAAGCUAAUGUUAUUUAUUUCAUGGUAUGCCUGUGGAAGGAAAUUUGGUCUUACAAAGUGCAGAUUCUUCUGAUUUUUUUUCUUGGUCUCCCAAGCUACUAUUGUUUGUUUUGGCCUAAUCAGCUAACUUAUAAAUUGUUCUGUAAUACAAAUGUGAUGGAUUAUGUUGUCAGUUUAUUGAAGGCUUGCUGCAAACUACCUGCUUACUUUGGACUUCUUCCAAUGUAUAACAGGAAUUUGCAUGAGUUUAUAGUGAAAUUUAGGACCUUGUACAUCAUCUUGCAGUUGCAGCUACUUAGUGGGUUCCCACUGUGUUUUUUUGCAGAAAGUAUCAGCUAACUCAUAGUGAAGUCAAACUCAGUCUCACAGUGCAAACCUAUUCCUGUCAAUGCCCUCUAAAGUCAAUGGUGACUCCAAAUAGGAUUGCUGUGAUGUCAUUAAACUAUUCCCAGCAUCUGUUCUCUGAAUGAAUACAAACCACCAUUUACUAUGGUGUGCCUGUAACAUUUUGGCAAUCUGGACAUAUCAGCUGGUCUAGAAAACAUUGCAGAGGUGGGGAAAGUGCAGAAGAGGGCAAUCAAGAAAAUUAAUUAGUUGGGGCACGGCAUCUUUCCUGUGAGGAAAGGGUGAAAACUAUGAUAUUUUCAGAAAAACAAUGACUAAGAAAGGACAUGAUCGAAGUUUAUAAAAUUAUGAUUGGGUCAGAGAGGGUGGACAGAGAACUUUUUCUCUCUCUUAUAAAGUACUGGAACUUAGAAGCUGAUGGGCUACAGUAGAUUCCGGACAGACAAAAGGAAUACUUCUUUACUCACUGAGUGAUUGAAGGGAUUUGCUGCUGGAGCAGUGAUAUAGUGAUGGCUGUAGCCAUAGAUAGCUUUAAAAGAUUAGAAAGAUUCAUAGAGGACAGGGCUAUCAAUAGCUGCUAGCCAUGAUGACUAAACAGAGCCUCCACAUUCAAAGGCAAUAAACUUCUGAAUAUCAGUUCCAGGAGGUGGCAUCAAGAAAAGGCCUUAGCAGCUAUGCUGUGUUGUUUGCUCUUCGGAGUUAACUGGUUGGCUACUGUAUUGGACAGGAAGUUGGAUUAGAUGGAACACUGGUCUGAUCUGGCAGGGCUGUUCCUAUACUAGUUGGUAAGGAGGGACCACCUCUAUACCUUUGCUGGCUGGCUGACAUAUAUAGAAGUGCAGUAAGACUCUCUUCACUUAGCAGAAUAAUAAAGGUGACUUUCUUAACAAGUGAUGAUGCAUUCAGCCAUUUUCCAAUACAAGAAACUGUUGAAUUGUGUCCAGAAUUCAGCCAUUUUCCAACAAAAGAAACUGUUGAAUUUUGUCCGGAACCACUGGAUUUUAAAUUACACAGAAGAUUUCUAGUACUUUGUCAAAACUCUUUUCUCAUAUGAGAACAAACAACCCAUGUUUAAUUUUUUUUAGGCUAAGUAAUUGUUCCAGUAUCUCAGCUUCUGCCAAAAUAGCGGUAUUUAUCUAUUUGGGAGUUUACUGAUCUUGGCAACCCCCCUUCUGUCCUUAUGAAGCUUUGACUCCAUAUAAUGGUCUAUGCUCAACAAGAAUAUGUGAAGUUUCUGAAAAAAAUUAUGGCUGCUCAUCAUCUGCAGUUUUGUUCUUAGAGACAACAGCACUGAUUUGUUUCUGUUCUUAAUUGAGGGUGCUGACUCUUAAUAACCUACAUAUCUAAUGUACUGCCUUUCUCUGCAUGAACCAAUUGCAUUUACAGUUACUUCUUUCCAUUCCCAGUCCUUUUCAUGAAAUAUUCUGCUUAGAUUCAUUCUUAGGCCCAUUUCACAGAUGCAACAUGUUAUAGACCAGUCUUCCUGAGGCACUGCAUAAGGCAUCAUUAUUGCCAAGCUUCUACAAGCCAUUUUCUCCCAAUGGCUUUUUCCUGAUAAGUUCAUCCUUCAAGAUGGUUAGGUUAAAUGGGUUUUCCCUAGGAAAUUAACAAACACAUGAUAAACUGUAACUUCUGCAUUAGAUACUGUUGCACCAUGCAGUGUGUGUUUGUCAUAUUGUGGAUUUGGCUGUAAAUUUGCACACUAGAAAACGAUUAAGUUAUAUUUCUUGUAACCCUUUCCUCUUUUCUUGGUCUUUUGAAUAAAGUUUUUAUGUUCACCCAA